AUGAUACGGUGUGUGCCUGUCUUAGGGUCUUGGCCAUGCUCUUCUUUCAAAAAGAACGAUCUGCAGUCAGUGUGUGGACGACCUCUAUACUCAGGCCGUAUUGUGGGUGGCCAGGAUACUGUUGAGGGUCACUGGCCUUGGCAGGUCAGCCUGCACUACGGCCAGACUCACAUCUGUGGAGGUUCCCUCAUCAGUGACAGAUGGAUACUGACAGCAGCACACUGCCUACAAAAGACCUGGAUUCCUUUCAUAUAUUCUGUGUGGCUGGGAUCGAUUAAAAUAGACUAUUCAAAUAACGGUGUGAAACAUCAUGUGUUCAAAAUAAUUUUCCAUCCCCAAUCCCAAAAUACAACUGCAGACAUUGCCUUAUUGAAACUGGCCUCUAGAGUCACCUUCACUUCUUUUAUCCUGCCCAUCUGCCUGCCCAAUAUCACAAAGCAGUUGACAAUUCCUGGCUCUUGCUGGGUCACUGGAUGGGGACAAGUUAAGGAAAAUGAAGGUAAUUACACUUCCACCCUCCAGGAAGCAGAAAUACCCGUCAUUGACCGCCAAACUUGUGACUAUCUCUACAACCCACUCAUCAUCAUAGUACCAGAAUUAGAGGCAAUCAUCAAGGAAGACAUGAUUUGUGCUGGUGAUAUUCAUAGAAAGGAUAGCUGCAAGGGUGAUUCUGGAGGGCCUCUGUCAUGUCAUAUUGAUGGUGUAUGGACCCUGAUAGGGCUGGUAAGCUGGGGAUUAGGAUGUGCUGAAUCUCUUCCUGGAGUCUACACCAAUGUGAUCUACUAUCAAAAAUGGAUUAAAGCCACUAUCUCAAGAUGAGGUUUGGGGGCCAACAAUCUGGACUUAUCUGACUUAUUGUUCCCUAUUUUGCGGUUCUCUUUGGCUCUCCUGGUACCCUACUGUGCCUUUGGGCCUAACAUCUUACCAAGAGUACACAGUAAAGCUAAAGCCACUGACCAAGUACAGGGCUAGGAAGAGAAAGCAUGGAGAGUAAGUCCCAGUACAGAGAAUGCACAGAACACUCACUGGGAACUCUGGAUAACUUCAUUAAAAUGA